AUGAGUCUCUGCAAGGCGGGGCUGGUGGUAUUCUAUGACUGUGUGCUGGGACUCUCUCCAGACUUCAGGGUGUGCAGGCUGGAGGUAAGCCUGUCCAGUGGAGACCAGGAGCUGAGCAGCCCCAGACCCUUGCCCCCAGCACACUCCCAGCCUGUCAGCCUGUCUGCCCUGCCACCACUCCCCCAGCAGUCCAGAGGAAGCAUGGCCAUUUUUGCCACCAGACAGGCAGUGCCCAUGCUCCUCCCCUCCUCCUCCAUCUCCCUGGGGCUCCAGCUGCAGGCCUCGGGAGGAUAUGACAUGUGUGGACAGGAAGUGAGGCACCUGGUGCCACGGGGCUGGAGCAAAGUUGACCUGUUUGAUAAACACAACCGUGUGCUUAGCGGGAGGUGGAAGGUUCUGGUCCGGGUCCUACCGGUCCGACCCGGUCUAACCUCAAGAGAGAUCAAUACUAUUCCUCAGCUGGACCGUGCAGAGCUCUACCUCAGGGUCGUAAAUGCCAGAGAUGCAGACUCCCAGAGCUGUGAGGUCAUCAGUCUCAGCUCCAUGGGUCUCUACAGGUACCCCCCUCUGAUUUGUGAAAGGAGCACACACCUCGAUCCCUCCCGGUACCAGGCUCAGGACCAGUGCCAGGCCCAACUGACAGACUUCCCCCCCCCCAGCUUUCAGCAAGGGGAUCCUGGGAAGCCUGAAGCCCCUCCCCUGUUGUCCUACCUGCAGGACUGACAGCUGCAGUUCUUCACUAAUGAUAAUGAUGAGGAUGAUGAGCUGAUCUGAGAUUCUUGUCUAUUAAAAUGUCAAUG